AUGCUGCCAGCCACGUCCAAGCUCUGCGCCGCCAUCUCCUACCGCCACCUGCGCAACAUGACCGGUCUGAGGAGACAAGCUGCUGUGGCCAUCAGCCAGGAGCUGAGCAGGCUGGCCAGCCGCAGCCCAGGACCCAGCGCCUGGAUCCACCAGGUGCGCAGGAGGAGCUCCUUGCUCAGCUCAAGGCUGGAGGAGAAACCCUUCAGCGAGACGGAAAUGUCUUACAUCAAGCAAGGAGAGGAGGCCCUGCAGAAAUCCCUCAGAAUCCUGGAGGACCAGGACGACUGGAAGACAGAGACAGUGGCGGGUAACGGGGACAAAGUGCUGAGCAAGGUGCUGCCAGACGUGGGGAAGGUGUUCCGGCUGGAGGUGGUGGUGGACCAGCCCCUGGACAGGGUGUACGGGGAGCUGGUGGACAACAUGGAGCAGAUGGGAGACUGGAACCCCAACGUCAAAGAAGUCAGGAUUCUGGAGAAGAUUGGGAAGGACACGGUGAUCACCCACGAGAAGGCGGCCGCGACCCCAGGGAACAUCGUGGGGCCACGGGACUUCGUGAGCGUGCGGUGCUCCAGGAGACGUGGCUCCACCUGUGUCCUGGCUGGGAUGUCCACCACCUACGGGGCCAUGCCCGAGCAGGAGGGCUUCAUAAGGGCUGAGAAUGGUCCCACCUGCAUGGUCCUGCGCCCGCUGCCCGGCAGCCCCUCCCAGACCAGGCUCACCUGGCUGCUCAGCAUCGACCUCAAGGGCUGGCUACCCAAGACCAUCAUCAACCAGGUCCUGUCCCAGACACAGGUGGACUUUGCCAAACACCUGCGGCAGCGCCUGGCCCGGUCGGUGCCUGCGGCCUGCUGACCACAACCUGCUGACCACAACCUGCUGACCACAACCUGCUGACCAC